UAUACAGCGGUGAAAAGAUCAGUAACUGCACCUACUGAAACAUGGAGAGCAGCACGCACAGCUCAUCUCCUCUGUCUUCAUGGAGGGAAAGUUUUAUAAUAAAGCGGAUCCGCAUGUUGGCCCCUGUUGGGUUCAAGACAGAAAUAAUAGAGCUAUCUAAACUGGCCGGACCUGUGUUUAUGGCCCAGCUCAUGAGUUUUGCAGUGAGUUUUGUCAGUACUGUUUUCUGUGGCCAUCUGGGGAGGACAGAGCUGGCGGGGGUGACUUUAGCCAUCGCAGUUAUUAAUGUAACAGGUAUAUCUAUUGGAUCGGGUUUGGCCUCAGCAUGUGAUACUCUGAUUUCUCAGACGUUUGGGAGCCGUAACUUGCUGAGAGUUGGGGUCAUUCUGCAGCGGGCGAUCCUCAUUUUGUUACUGGCAUGUUUCCCAUGUUGGGCGAUUCUCGUUAACACAGAGGUCCUUCUGUUGGCUGUCAGACAGAAACCAGAGGUGGCCAGGUUAGCUCAAGUGUAUGUGAAUAUCUUUAUGCCAGCACUACCUGCUGCAUUCAUGUAUUCAUUAGAAACAAGAUAUCUGCAAAACCAGGGAAUCAUAUGGCCACAGGUACUCACAGGCAUUGUGGUCAAUCUUCUUAACGCUCUCUUCAACUACAUCUUCCUUUAUGUAUUACAUCUGGGAGUAGAAGGUUCUGCUGUUGCCAACACCAUUUCUCAGUUCUGCAUGGCUGCAGUUCUCUAUGCAUAUAUCAUGUGGAAAGGCCUUCAUAAGGCCACCUGGGGAGGCUGGUCAAAAGAGUGUCUGCAAGAGUGGGACUCAUACAUCCGCCUGGCCAUCCCCAGCAUGGUCAUGAUGUGUGUAGAGUGGUGGACGUACGAGAUUGGAGGUUUUCUGGCAGGUCUAAUUAGUGAAGUGGAGCUUGGAGCUCAAGCAGUUGUGUACGAACUGGCAAAUGUUGCAUACAUGUUCCCCAUGGGUUUCAGUAUAGCAGGCAAUGUAAGAGUUGGAAACUCCUUGGGUGCUGGAAAUACAGAGCAGGCUAAGCUGUCUGCUAAAUUGACAAUGUUCUGUGCAGUGUCAGUCUCCAUAUGUCUGUCAGCUGUCAUUGGGGGCCUAAAAGACCACAUCUCUUAUGUCUUUUCUUAUGACGAACAAAUCAGGGAAAGGGUUGCAGAUGUGAUAUCUUUAUAUGCUCCAUUCAUCCUCCUAGAUGCAACAUCUGCUGCUUCAGGAGGCAUUAUAAGAGGAGCAGGUAAACAGAAGAUUGGGGCUGUUUGCAAUAUUUUGGGAUAUUAUGGUGUUGGUUUUCCCAUUGGAGUGUCGUUGAUGUUUGCAGCCAAAUUAGGAAUCAAGGGUCUUUGGAUAGGCUUGUUUUCCUGUGUGUUUCUGCAGUGCUCAGUUCUGAUAACCUACCUGGUAAGAAUGAACUGGAAGAAAGCUACAGUUGAGGCUCAGAUCAGAGCGGGAGUGUGUGGGGGCUCCACAGACACAAGUCCCGAACCUGAUGAUCCCAGGAGCUCAGAGGGCCCAAUAGACACCCUGGACCUGGUUGACACAGAGGCAGAACCAGCAGAAAGAACAGUAGAGGGGGAGCUCUCUCACAGGGCGCUGGUUCUGCGUCGGGGCCUGACUCUGGCCAUCAUGCUGUUCAUCCUGGCUGUUGGAAUCAUUAUGAACCUACUAAUCACUAACUUAGUUACAUGACCUUGGCCAAAGUCUACUGUAUUCAGUAUUAAGUAUCUCUAUAGCCACCAGUGCGCAACAUGAUGCAGAUGUUUGCGUAUUGUAAGAUGCAGAGGCAGGACAUGCAGAAGAAAGGCACAUGUGCAGAUGAGCAGACAGCUGACAGAACAGAAAGGGAAACGGUGUAUGAUCAAUGAAUUAAUCUCCACAAGCAAAAUAUUACCCUCAAACAUGAUUUCAUAAGAUUUUUUCAGUGAAUCUGCAAGUGUUUGGCACCACAUUCUGUAAAAAAUGGGUCAAGCUGAAGACAGUUUGACAAUCUUUGCAUUUAAUACAAUCAACAGAA